GGCUCAGAAACAACCGCAAAGCGCACAGCAUCCUCUCAUCAUACCCUCCAUAUAGACCUUCCUGUCUCUGAUCACUGGUCACUCUCUCGCUCGGCCUCCGCCAGUCCGCCACCCUCUCAAACCAACCCGACCCACGCGCGUGCACCGGCGCACGCGCGCGCGCGCCACGAGCGCGACGAUGCCUCCCCUCCACCGCGGCGCGCGCACCAUCCUGCUCCUCCUCCACUACGUGGCCGCCUCCCACCUCCUGCCGUGCGCGCCGGCGACCCACCGCGCCGCCGCGGCACGGUUGCCGGACCCGGCGCCGCUCGACCCGGCGCUGAUCUUCCCCUCGGCGACGCCCGUGCAGCCCGCCGCCGCCAUUGCCGGGGGCACGAUCCCGGCGUUCCCGGAGCAGUCGGACUCCCUGGCGGGGUCCUCGGCCACGUGCCCGCUCGCCCCGUCCCCGGCGCUCAUCCCGGCCGUGCGGUCCUCCUGCGACGCCGACGACGGCAAGCUCCCGCCGAGGCUGCGCUGCUGCCCCGCGCUGGCCGCGUGGCUUUUCGCCGCCUACGCGCCCACCGCACUGUCGCAGCGCCCGCCCGCGAGGUCGACCCCGGCCGCGGCCGCCGUGGACAUGCCGCUGCCGCCGGACGACUCCGAGGCGUGCGCCGGCGCCGCCGACCGCGCGCUGCGUGCGGGGGGCGCGUCGCUCCCGCGCCCACCGGGCGGGAACGGGACGUGCGACGUGGCGUUCUGCUACUGUGGGGUGAGGCUGAGGCGGCUGGCGUGCGGACCCGCGCCGGCGGACGGCGGGCUGUGGGCCCCGGCGGACGAGGUGGCGAGGAGGCUGGAGAAGGACUGCGCGCAGGCGGGGACGCCCGGCUGCUCCAAAUGCCUUCGUGCUCUUGCCACGAUAAAGCCCAAUACUCCCGGUGGUGGCACGGAGGCAGUGAAGGGGAAGAGCCAGGCCGCCGGCCCCGGCCGGUCGAGCGAGAGCGACGACCGGGACUGCGAGCUUAUGGGGCUCAUGUGGCUGCUGCAGCGCAACGCCACGCGCUACGGCGCGGCGGCCACGGCCGUGAUCCAGGCCCUGAUGGCCGUCGACGAGGCGUCCGCCGCGGGUGUCGCGGUGGCGGCGGCCGACGCGGGCCCGGCCGCGGCGUGCUCGCUCCCCGUGGACGACAUGCCCCUCCCCGCCGAGUACGCGCAGCUCAACGGGGCCGCCAGCGGCACGUCUGGCGCCUGCUGCUUCCACCUGGUUCUGCUGCUUGCCGUUCUGAUGAGCUUCCGUGUUGUCUCCUCGCUGUAGCACUGGCUUAUUGAUGAAUUUAAUUUUGGCAUAUGGUUCGUUCAUUGA